AAACCCAUCACCAGCAGCAGCACGGGCACAAGCAACCGCAGCUGCAGAAUCAGCAGCAGCACAGCUCCUCCGUUCUCCCCCGCUUCAUCACCAGCUCAAUCAACAGCAUCAGCAGCAGCAUCAGCAGAAUCACCAGCAACAAAACGCCCUCGGUAGCCCGUGCAUUACUCGCCUGCUUCUGGCGCCCCCUCCUAGCCACGGGCCUACUGGUGCUGCUCAAGUGUGCGGUGAUGUAUGCGGGCCCGCUGCUGCUCUCCCGCUUUGUGGACGUUGCUGCGGGCAAGCAGUGGUAUGAAGGCGAGGGCGUGGCGCUCGUGGUCGUGCUGCUGCUGGCUAAAGCAACAGAGACGGCGGUGGGGCACCAGUACAACUUCCAGGCUCAGGCCCUGGGUCUGGAAAUACGAGCAGCGCUAGUAGGUGCUCUGUAUAAGAAAGGCUUGCAACUAUCCAGCAGGGCGAAGCAGCGGCACACAGUGGGCGAGGUGGUGAACUACAUGUCCACAGACGUGCAGCGCUUGGCAGACCUCAUGCUGCAGCUGCACAACGUGUGGGUGCUGCCCCUGCAGAUCUCCAUCGCCCUCCUCAUCCUCUUCCACGUGGUGGGGGCGAGCAUGGUGGCGGGGCUGGCAGUGAUGGUGGCGGCGCUGCUGCUGAACCUCCUCAUAGCGGCCUCUCUACGUGCCACAGUGGGGCGCAUCCUUAAAGCCAAGGACCGGCGCAUGAAGGCCACGUCGGAGGCGCUCUCCUCCAUGCGGGUCAUCAAGCUCUACGCCUGGCAAACGUUCUUCGAGAAUCAAAUCAAAUCUCUCAGGGGCGCUGAGGCCGGCUGGCUGGCCAGGUACAUGGCGAUAGGGGCGGCAAACAUCUGUCUGCUGUGGCUGUCGCCUCUGGCCGUGUCGGUGGGGACCUUUGGUGCCAUGGUGCUCGUGGGUGUGCCGCUCACCCCCGGGGCUGUCUUCACUGCCAUUGCCACCUUCCGCAUUCUGCAGGAGCCUCUGCGCUCGUUCCCCUCGGUGGUGGCGGCUCUAGCACAGGCCAUGGUGUCACUCAAGCGAGUCACCUCUUUUCUCCUGGAGGAAGAAAUCCAGGCCGAUGCUGUGGCUCGAGUGGAUGGGCUGAAGGGAGGGCCGGGGAAAAGGAGCAAAGGAAGGGAGGAAUUGAGGGCAAAGGAGAGCGGGGCAGACAAGGCGGGAAGCUUUGGAAUGAGGGAUGGGUUAGGGGAUGAUGGCUUGGCUGAUACUGGCCUGCCAUUAGAUGUGGUGGUGCGGGUGCAGGAUGGUGUGUUCAGCUGGGAGGGGGAUGCUAGCAAGCCGACGCUGUAUGGAAUCGAGUUGGAGAUUAAAAAGGGGAUGAGGGUGGCUGUGUGCGGAGCAGUGGGGGUGGGCAAGUCAAGUCUGCUGGCGUGUCUUCUAGGGGAGAUGCCCAAGAUGAGAGGCAAGGUCACCUUAGCAGGCCGCACGGCCUACGUGCCCCAGUCCGCAUGGAUCCAGAACGCCACCGUGCGCGACAACAUUCUUUUCGGGCAGCCCGAGGACCGGGCGCGCUACAGCCGGGUGCUGCAGCAGUGCGCGCUACAGCCGGACCUGGCACUGCUGGCCCACGGGGACGACACACAGAUAGGCGAGAGAGGGGUGAAUCUGAGUGGCGGGCAGAAGCAGAGGAUACAGCUGGCCCGAGCCAUGUAUGCGGGGGGAGGGGGAGACGGGGGAGGGGGAACUGUAAUUGGGGGAACUGGGGGAGAGGAAGGUGGGGGAGAAGGGAUGGGCGGAGGGAUGAGAGAUGGAGGAGCAGGAGGGAAGCAGGGGGAGAGGGCGGAGGAAAAUGGAGGAGCGGAGGUGUUUCUAUUGGACGAUCCGUUCAGUGCCGUGGAUGCUCACACUGGCUCGCAGCUCUUCACUGAGUGUGUGUUGAGGGGCUUGGCAGGGAAGACUGUUAUCCUGGUGACGCACCAGGUGGACUUCUUGCCUGCCAUGGACCUCAUUCUGGUGAUGAGGGAGGGGCGCAUCGUGCAGAGUGGGCGGUAUGAGGAGCUGCUGGCGCAGGGAACGGACUUCUCCUCCCUUGUGGACGCUCACACCCAUGCCAUGCACUCCCUUGCCAACACCACCACCACCGAUGCUCCCUCUGCUGCUGGUGCUAGUGCUGCUGGUGCUAGUGCUGCUGGUGAUGGUGAUGCUGCUGCUGCUGCGAAAUCUGCCUCAUCUGCUUCUAAAGCUGCACCUGCCUCGGCGGAUGCAGGUUCUCCUACUCCCUCCUCCUCCUCGUCCUCCUCUGCCCCUCUCACCCGUCCCUCCUCCACCCAUUCUGCUACAUCUGAUGUGGGGCGGGCGUCACGAGGUGACCGAGGGAAAGGGAAGCAAGAAGAGGGAGCGGAAGUAAGGGUGGUUGAGUGGCAAGACGAGGAGUCAGACAAGCCACAGAAGCACGGCAAUGGCAGUGGUCGCAGCAGCAGAAGGCGAAGGAACAAGGAGAGUGGUACGAAGGCAAGGACAGGACAGCUGAUAAACGAAGAGGAGAGGUCAUCAGGCCGUGUGGCCUUUGCAGUGUACUGGGCGUAUCUCACCACAGCCCUCGGAUUCUGGCCCAUCCCCGCGCUCCUAUUGGUCCAGAUCCUCUGGCAGACGCUGCAGAUCGGCUCUGAUUGGUGGCUUGCCACCUAUACAUCCUCCUCCUCCUCGUUUUCCUCCUCCUCUUUCUUCCCCUCCUCUUCCUCCUCCUCCUCCUCCUCCUCCUCCACCACCUCUCCCUCGUCCCUACCCCACUCCUCCCCCUCAUCUUCCCCCGUCGACCUGCUAGCUCCAUCUAUCACCCCAGUGGGCUUUCUGCGGGUAUACGUGCUGUUGGCGCUGGGCAGUGUGCUCUUUGUGCUGCUGAGAACGGUGGCAGUGUCCUGGAUGGGGUGGGAGACGGCCCAGGCCCUCUUUUCCCACAUGCUGCACGCUGUGUUUCGGGCGCCCAUGAGUUUCUUUGACUCCACUCCAGCCGGAAGAGUUCUUUCCCGGGCGUCAACAGACCAAGCAACUGUGGAUCUAGACCUCCCGUUCCGCUUCGGCACCGUCCUUUCGCUUCUCUUCCAGCUGCUCGGAAUCCUCUCAGUCACCUCCUUCAUCACGUGGCCUGUGCUCUUCGCCAUCGUGCCCCUCGCGUACUUCUACUUCUCAUACCAGGAGUACUAUCUGACAACUUCUAGGGAGCUCUCUCGCUUGGAUGGAGUCACCAAGUCUCCGAUCAUUGAACACUUCAGCGAGUCGCUAGCCGGGGCAGCGGUGAUCCGAGCGUUUGGGGAGGAGGCUCGGUUCGCGUGCACGAGUGCAGCGCGGGUGGACAGCAACACACGCGUGGCGUUCUGCAGCAGAGGCGCCGUGGAGUGGCUUGGGUUCCGCCUUGAGCUGUUAGGGUCGCUGCUUCUCUGCUUCUCUGCUCUCAUGCUCACGCUGCUGCCGCCCUCUGUGGUGUCGCCAGGUCUGGCAGGAAUGUCCCUAUCCUACGGCCUUGCUCUCUCCCAAGCGCUCUUCUUCGUGGUGUGGGCGUGGUGCUCCCUGGAGAACCAGAUGGUCUCAGUGGAGCGAAUUCUGCACUUCUCCCACCCCGCUGUGCCCUCUGAAGCCCCUCUCAUCCUCCCCCACCACCGACUUAAGCCUGACUGGCCGCAGCAGGGGCGAGUGGAGUUUGAUGGCCUUCAGGUCCAGUACCGGCCAGACCUGCCAAUGGUGCUGAAGGGCGUGACUCUGACCAUCCCAGGCGGGAACAAGGUGGGGAUUGUGGGCCGCACCGGCAGCGGCAAGUCAACGCUCGUUGCGGCUCUCUUCCGGUUGGUCGAGCCGGCGGGUGGCAGGGUGGUGAUUGAUGACGUGGACAUUGGGAGCAUCGGAUUGGGCGACCUGAGGGGGCGGCUGGCGAUCAUACCACAGGACCCGACGCUGUUCCAGGGGUCUAUCCGAAUGAACCUGGACCCUGCCGGGGAAUACAGUGACGCUCAGAUAUGGGAGGCUCUGGACAGGUGUCAGCUGGGGGACACUGUUAAGGGCAUGGAGGCCAAGCUGGAUGCACAGGUGGUGGAGGGAGGGGAGAACUGGAGCGUGGGGCAGAGGCAGCUAUUCUGCCUCGGUCGGGCGCUGCUGAAGAACUCGCGGAUUCUCGUGCUGGAUGAAGCGACGGCGUCCGUUGAUUCCGCCACCGACGCGGCGAUCCAACGGACGAUAAAGGAGAGCUUUGGCGGGGCGACUAUCAUCAGCAUCGCUCACCGGAUCGCGACGGUCAUUGACAGUGAUAUGGUGGUGGUGAUGGAUGGGGGAACCGUGGCGGAGUGCAACUCGCCAGCUGAGCUCAUGCGUGACCCUGAUUCCAUGUUUUCUCGCCUCGUGGCGGAGUACGCAGCACACGCAGCGGAUUUCCCGCAAAAGCAAGUAGAGGCUCUCCCGUUCGCGUCCUUCACUAAUCUUGCUUCUCCUCGCAGUAUCGUGACAAUGGAUAAGGAUCAGGCCGCUCCUGCAGCAGAGACAGUCGACGCGACGGCUGCAGCUGCUGCUGACCUGUCAAUCGCCGAUAAGCCAGCAGCCGAGCCCACGGAGCAGAAGGAUCAGAAAGAUCAGAAAGAGAAGAAGGAGAAGAAGGAGAAACCCAAGAAAGAGAAGGUCCCUAAGGAGAAAAAGCCCAACCAACAAGGCGGAGGAGGCGGAGGCGGAGGAGGAGGGAAGAAAGAGGUGAAGAAGGAGACGCUUCUGGGUCUGUCGGUGAAGAAAUCGGAGGACUAUGGGAAGUGGUACUCGGAGGUGGUGGUGCAGUCAGAGCUGAUUGAGUACUAUGACGUGUCCGGCUGCUACAUUCUGCGACCCUCGUCCUACUCCAUCUGGGAAACCAUCCAGGGCUUCUUCAACGCGGAGAUCAAGCAGCUGGGGGUGCAGAACUCCUACUUCCCCAUGUUCGUCUCGGAAAAGGCGCUAAACGCCGAGAAGGACCACGUGGAGGGUUUCGCUCCCGAGGUGGCAUGGGUGACCAAAUCAGGCCAGUCGGAGCUGGACGUGCCCAUCGCCAUCCGCCCCACGAGUGAGACGGUGAUGUACCCCAUCUACGCCAAGUGGAUCCACUCGCACCGCGACCUGCCCCUGAAGCUCAACCAGUGGAACAGCGUCGUGCGUGUGGGGUCGGAGGGACAGCAGAGCAGGGAGGCACUAAACACGAGUGAGACGGUGAUGUACCCCAUCUACGCCAAGUGGAUCCACUCGCACCGCGACCUGCCCCUGAAGCUCAACCAGUGGAACAGCGUCGUGCGCUGGGAGUUCAAGCACCCCACGCCCUUCAUCCGGAGCCGUGAGUUCCUGUGGCAGGAGGGGCACACGGCGUUCGCCAGCAAGGAGGAGGCGGACGAUGAAGUACUCGCCAUCCUGGAGCUGUACCGCCGCAUCUAUGAGGAGCUGCUGGCAGUGCCGGUGGUGAAGGGCGUGAAGAGUGAGCGGGAGAAGUUCGCCGGUGGGCUCUACACCACCACUGUCGAGGCGUUCAUCCCAGCGAUGGGCAGGGGCAUCCAGUCAGCCACGUCGCACUGCCUGGGGCAGAACUUUGCCAAGAUGUUCAACAUUGAGUUUGAGGACGAUAAGGGCGCCAAGCAGAUGGUCUGGCAGAACAGCUGGGGGCUCUCCACGCGCUCCAUUGGCGUGAUGGUGAUGGUGCAUUCAGACGACAAGGGCCUCGUGCUGCCGCCCAACGUGGCGCCCAUCCAAGCCAUCGUCGUCCCCAUCCCCUUCAAGGACGCCGACCGGGCGGCAGUCGUGGCAGCAGCGGCCGACGUGGGCGGCCAGCUGCGGGCGGCGGGGAUCCGAGUGAAGGAGGACGCACGCGACAACUACUCCCCGGGCUUUAAGUACAACUUCUGGGAGCUCAGGGGGGUGCCCAUUCGAGUGGAGCUGGGCCCCAGGGACCUGGCCAACAAGCAGGUGGUGCUGGUGCGGCGAGACACGGGCGCGAAGGAAUCGGCGCCCUGGGAGGGGCUGGGCGAGCGAGUUAAAGCCCUUCUUGCCACGAUCCACGCGGACAUGCUGGCGCGCGCCACCAAGGAGCGCGAUGAGAGCAUCGUGAAGAUCACCCAGUGGGAAGAGUUCAUGCCUCCCUGCCUGCCUGCCUGCCUGCCUGCCUGCCUGCCUGCCUGCCUGCCUGCCUGCCUGCCUGCCUGCCUGCCUCCCUCUCCCCCCCACCCCCCCCUACAGGUGGUGCUGGUGCGGCGGGACACGGGCGCCAAGGAGUCGGCGCCCUGGGAGGGGCUGGGCGAACGAGUUAAAGCCCUUCUCGCCACCAUUCACGCGGACAUGCUGGCGCGCGCCACCAAGGAGCGCGAUGAGAGCAUCGUCAAGAUCACCCAGUGGGAAGAGUUCAUGCCGGCCAUUGACGCCAAGAAGAUGGUGCUGGCGCCGUGGUGCGAUGAGGAGGCGGUGGAGGAGGAUGUGAGGAAGCGGAGCGCAGGUGCUGGGGAAGGCGGGUCGGCUAAGACGCUCUGCAUGCCCUUCGAGCAGCCCGAGCUCCCUGAAGGUGCGUUACGGGCACUGUGUGCUGGUGGCGACGGGUGGGGAGGUUGGAAGAUGGUGUUGGCGCCGUGGUGCGAUGAGGAGGCGGUGGAGGAGGAUUUGCGGAAGAGGAGCGCCGGUGCUGGGGAGGGUGGAUCCGCGAAAACCCUCUGCAUGCCCUUCGAGCAGCCCGAGCUCCCUGAAGAAUGUAGCGGUGCAGGGGGAUGUGAGGAAGAGGAGUGCAGUGAGGGGGAUGUGAGGAAGAGGAGUGCAGGUGCUGGGGAGGGUGGAUCCGCCAAGACGCUGUGCAUGCCGUUUGAGCAGCCCGAGCUGCCUGAAGGUAGACACGGGAUGUCACGGAGUCACAGCCUUGGCACUUGGAGCACACCGUGCCUUCCUCUCUCAUCGCCACUCUCCCCCGCUCCUCCCCUCUCCCCUCCUCCAGGCACGCUCUGCUUCGCAUCGGGCAAGCCAGCGAAGAAGUGGGCUCUGUGGGGCCGCAGCUACUAA